AACACGAUUAAGCCAGGUAGAGUGUGAGGGAACAGUGCUUAAAGAACAGAAACCAGGUCAUUGCUCUCAGGACCUGAGGAUAGCACAAUGACCACCAAAAGUCUGCUUCAGCGUCUGCAAGACAAAGAGGAUGUUGUUGUGGCAGAGGGAUAUCUGUUUGAAUUUGAGAGAAGAGGCUUGCUGAAAGCCGGAGCAUUUGUACCGGAAGUCGUCAUUGAAAGACCGGAUCUGGUGAAAGGUCUCCACGAAGAGUUUGUCAAUGCCGGAAGUGACGUUUGUUUGGCAUUUACGUACUACGGUCACCGAGAGAAGCUCAGAGUUAUCGGCCGUGAAGGUGACCUUGAGAAGUUGAACAGGGACGCGUUGAGGAUCGCUAGGCAGGUGGCAGACGACACCGGGACGCUGAUGGCGGGAGAUCUCUCCAACACGACGGUGUACAGGAAGGAUAACAAGGACGCCAUUGAAACGACGGAAGCCAUGUUUAAGGAACAAAUCGAGUGGGCGGUUGAGGAAGGAGCGGACUACAUCGUUGGAGAGAGUUUCAGUGAAUUCGGGGAGGCCAUGCUUGCCCUUGAAUGCAUUAACAAAUAUGGCAACGGACUACCAGCGGCCAUUAGCUUUAUUCCCCAUGCAGUGGAUAAAACACCCGACGGUCUGGCGUUCGGCGUCGCCUGCCGCAGGCUGGAGGAAGCAGGAGCGGCGGCAGUGGGACUGAACUGUGGGCGUGGUCCCAGUACGAUGCUGCCUCUCAUAAAGGAGAUCAGACAGGCAUGCAAGGGGCCUGUAAUAGCAUUGCCAGUACCAUACAGGACGUGUCCACAACAGCCGACGUUCCAGUCCCUCACACAUCCUGUGACGGGUGCCAUGUCAUUUCCGGUUGACCUUCCUGCGCAUGCCUGUAGAAGAAGUGAAAUUGCCGACUUUGCCCGAGAAGCCAAAUCCCUGGGCGUGCAGUACGUGGGACUAUGUUGUGGCAACGCUUCUCACUACAUCCGGGUGGUGGCGGAGGAAUACGGGCGUCAACCCCCCGCCAGUAGAUAUUCCCCCGAUAUGUCCCAGCACUUUGUUUUCGGGAAGAACAAAAGCAGCGAGGAUCCUUAUCUGCAGGCUAUCAAGAAGAAGCUGCAGGCAUAACAGGUUGAGGGAGGAGAAACACAUUACCUACAUUUGAUCUACAUUGAAAUUAGUCAAUGUACAUGCUCCUUCCUAAAGGCACUAUUUCACACCACACUUCUCUAAAACUAGAUUAACUAUCAGCCCUCAGGGAAGCUACCAUAUCAUGUAUUUUAAAAGAAAUUACGUAUUUAGAUUACAAUAUG